GGCUUUUAAGGCCAAUAUGAGAAUGGGAACAAAAAGGGAAUCAAUGGCCUCGAUGAAACCCGAUGAGGGAGAUGUCUUGGCACCUCCACAAUCAAAUUUAGGCCUUGGGGAAGAUGAUCCAAUAGACGACGACGUCAAAGAGGUUGAUGGCAACGUCUAUCGGCACGAGUCCUAA